GAGCUUUGGAAAUGAUAUUCAACUUGGCUGUGCAUGUACAUGACACUGGCAGUAAUGGUGUUACCAAUAUUAUAGACGAUUUGGUCCAAGAAACCGCACCAUCCAAUGAUGGGCGUGCAGAAGAUUCAGUUCGGGAAACCCCAAUAUCCAAUAAUAUAAAUAAAAGACGUGGAAUAACGCUAAUGCAGCGAAUAUGGGCUCUUCCACCGAACAAGAAACUUGUAUGUGGGUUAAAUGGGAGCAAGCAACCGGUUGGGGAAAGCGGGCAAACAUUCAAAAGGUGGUUGGGCACCUUAUGCAUCUGCCGCAACUAUUGCCCACUUAUGCCUGCUACUUGGACGCAUGUCGACCGUAAAUGCAAAGAAGACGCCUGGGUAGAGAUAAAGAAAAAGUGGAUCAUUGACCCAGAAAUUAUCAGACCAGCAAAUCAAAUGAACUGGGCAAUGUACUUGUUAGGGGAGUUGAGAAGGAAUCGAAGGAGUAAGUUAAAAAAAAAAUGCUACCCAAAAGAUGCGUUAAAAGAAGCUGUUUAUCUCAAUAAACCAUCUUGGGCUGACGAGCAGGACUACCGCGCACUAGUUGACUAUUGGUUUGCCCGUAAAACGAAGGAAUUAACGGAUACGAACAAGAGAAGUCGUUCGUUUCAGACGGAUAUAGCGAGGACAGGGCCUAUAAGUUUUGCACAAACUGCUGACAAUAUGGCAAAAGAAAGCGGCCAAGCAGUGGAGCGUGCAGAUGUUUUCAUAAAAGCAUACUGCACGAAAGAUGGGACUCCUAUUAGUAAUGAAGUGCGAGACAAGAUUGAGAAAAUGAAAGCAAUUUUAGACAACGGGGGCAAACUAGUAGGAGACCAUCGCGAUGGAAUUCUCUGGGCAAAAGAUGAUGCGUUCGCUCAAGUGAUGGGCAAAGAACAUUCUGGACGUGUCCGUGGGGUCGGUUUUGGACCAACCCCAUCAGGAAGAAGUGGGUCCAACCUUCCAUGUGUGCCUGGGCCGUCGUCCACUGAAACGGCCCAACGAAUGACUGCAUUGGAAAAUUCGAUGAGGGACCAACUUGCUGACUCAGAGCAAAGGCAUCAGCAGCAACUGGCCGAAGCAAAGCGGGAGUCAGAUGCACGAUGCACGACAUGA